GGUAGGCACAUGUUUGGCUGCCCAUGGUUGGUCUGAUUUGUAAAUGGGGACAAAAGAAUAAAAAGUUGUGGUGGCCUGUAAACAUGAACAGCUAUCUUUGCCCUGGGGACAGGGUAGGAAGCAGAAAGUACAGGAGCUGCACCUUGGCUGGUCUCACUUCUACACAGAGGAGCAGGUGGACUGGAGGCAAGAAGACCUGAGGCAAGAUGUCUGGUGUGGUGUGGACUCUGAUGCUGCUGCUCUGGAUGAUGCCCAUGGUCCAUCAGGAGAAGAUUCUGUCCAAGAAGAAUCUUUGCACCCCCAAGACUAUGUUUCUGCAGUGUGUGUGCCUUGGAGGAAGAAAGCACUGGUCCCUGCUGCCUCUUAGUCAAACGGGCUUCACUGCCAAGAACACUCUGAGUGCCACAGCCAUUGCUGUGUCAGGACCAGCCAAAUCCCAAGGAAGUUCUGCUCUGCAAAGACUGUCUUCCUGCAGUGUGUGGCCUGGCGUAAGCCUAGCGGAGAUUACUGCUACAGCCACUCAGAGUGUGAGAGCCUAUGCUGCCUCUCAGCAAGUGAGACCAGUUCCUCUCGCUGCACACGCCGAAGUGGGCUGUUGGCUCUGUGUCUUCCCCUGUGAAUGAAUGCAAACCUGUGUAACACAGAACCAAACCUGGACUACAAAGAAGUUUCUGGGUCCCCUUCAUCCACAUCCAUGCUGUUCCCUUCCUGGGCUCUGAAAAAUUGUAGGCAUCAGAGAAGUCUUGUUGCUGCUAAUAUGAACUCACAGCACAGUGCCUGAAAACAAACUGCAGGA